GACCCGAAUGAUAAUCAGCAAAUUCAUUCCUGUCUUAGAAAUUUUCAACUGGAAAAUAUUUCAAAAUUGGAAAUAGUCAAUGGAUCAGGGCAGUGUAUAAGAUCGAACGUGGGCGAGGAAAAAUCCGAUAUCAAUAUCAUUCGUAUGUUUAAUUUCUCUUCGAAUUCUGUUCGAAUUCUGUGUAGUAUGUGUCAUUGUGAAAAUGUUGCUGCUGCUGUUUGA